GUAAGACUGGAAACAUCUGGGCUGAAUGGACUUUAGCAUCAAAAGAAGUUCUCAACUGUUAACUCGAAAAAUUAACUACAUCAAAAUGAAGCAGGUACCAGAGAUCCUUGGAAAUACCAAUGGGAAGACUCAGAAUUGUGAAGUGAAUCGUGAGUGUUCUGUCUACUUGGGCAAAGCACAACUUUCUGCCACUCUACAAGAAGGUGUCAUGCAAAAAUAUAAUGGCCAUGAUGCUCUUCCAUUUAUUCCAGCUGAUAAAUUGAAAGAUCUAACCUCUCGUGUGUUUAAUGGCGAAUCUGGGGCCCAAGAUGCCAAGCUGCGCUUUGAACCCCAGGAAAUAAAGGGAGUUGGAACACCACCCAACACUACUCCUAUCAAGAAUGGCUCUCCAGAAAUUAAGCUGAAAAUCACUAAAACCUACAUGAAUGGAAAGCCUCUUUUUGAAUCUUCCAUUUGUGGAGACAAUGGUGCAGAUGUGUCUCAGUCAGAGGAAAAUGAACAAAAGCCAGCAAACAAGGAGAGGAGAAACAGGAAAAGAAGCAUAAAAUAUGACUCCUUGCUUGAGCAGGGUCUUGUUGAAGCAGCCUUGGUAUCAAAGACUUCAAGUCCCACUGAAAAGAAGGCUCCUGCUAAGAGAGAUUCAACUCAAAGUACCAUCAAAGAAGACAAAGUCCAUCUGUUGAAGUACAAUAUAGGAGAUCUAGUGUGGUCAAAAGUGUCUGGUUUUCCAUGGUGGCCAUGUAUGGUUUCUGCUGAUCCUGUUCUCCAUUCCUACACUAAACUAAAAGGACAGAAAAAGAGUUUUCGUCAAUACCAUGUUCAAUUCUUUGGAGAUGCCCCAGAGCGAGCCUGGAUAUUUGAGAAGAGCCUUGUGCCCUUCAAAGAAAAAGACCAGUUUGAACAAUUAUGCCAGGAAAGUGCAAAACAAGCCCUCACUAAAGCAGAGAAAAUAAAGAUGUUAAAGCCUGUUUCAGGGAAGCUGCGGCCACAGUGGGAGAUGGGUGUUAAGCAAGCAAGUGAAGCAGUAGGCAUGACAGUGGAAGAACGGAAGGCCAAGUACACCUUCAUCUAUGUUAGGGACAGACCUCAUCUUAAUCCUCGAGUGGCAAAGGAAGUUGGCAUUGCUGUGGAACCAUUAGAGGAGAUAGAUGAGUUAUCUUACUCAAACGAAGAAACCACUCCAAGUCUGAAGUCGAUGAAGGAGUCUGGCAUUCCUAACAAGAGGAGGAGAAGGACAUCAAAAUUGUCUGCCACUGAUGAUAUGCAAGAAAGCAGUCAGUCGGGAGCUAAGAAUAUUACUCCUCAAAAGUCAUCCGAACAGGCAGAAUCCAAACGAGGGAUAGGCUCCCCUCUCAAUAGAAAGAAAACUCCAGCAUCUACUCCGCGAAGCAGAAAGGGCGAUGCAGUAUCUCAGUUUUUGGUCUUUUGUCAGAAGCAUAGAGAUGAGGUGGUUGCUGAACAUCCAGAUGCCUCAAGUGAGGAAAUUGAAGAAUUGCUCGAAUCGCAGUGGAACAUGCUUAGUGAAAAACAGAAAGCUCGCUAUAACACAAAGUUUGCCAUAGUGACCUCUCCCAAAUCUGAAGAAGACUCUGGUAACUUACAUGGAAAUAAAAGAAACCAAAAAAAGAGGACAAAGGAACCUACAGAAGAUUUUGAAGUUCAGGAAGCACCUAGGAAAAGACUCAGGAUGGAUAAACAGAAUAAUCGGAAGAGGGAGACAAGCAAUGACAAAACAGCAAAAACAAACUCUUCUAAGGUCACAGAAACCUCCUCUUCACAAAAGAACCAGUCAGCAACGAAAAAUCUGUCUGAUGCAUGUAAACCUCUGAAGAAGCGAAAUCGGGCUUCAGCAGCAGAAUCUUCAACUCUUGCUUUUAGCAAGAGUUCAUCUCCUUCAGCUUCCUUAACUGAGAAUGAGAUCUCCGAUGGCCAAGGAGAUGAGCGGUCAGAAUCUCCCUAUGAAAGUGCUGAUGAAACUCAGACUGAAGUGUCUAUAUCAUCCAAAAAAUCUGAGCGAGGAGCAGGAACAAAAAAAGAAUAUGUGUGUCAGCUGUGUGAAAAAACAGGUGAUCUCCUGCUGUGUGAAGGACUUUGCUAUCGAGCUUUUCAUGUAAGCUGCCUUGGGCUCUCUGGAAGACCAGCAGGAAAAUUCAUUUGUAGUGAAUGUACAUCAGGUGUGCAUACCUGUUUUGUCUGUAAAGAGAGAAAGGCAGAUGUGAAACGCUGUGUCGUAUCCCACUGUGGAAAAUUCUACCAUGAAGCUUGUGUGAAAAAAUUUCAUCUUACUGUGUUUGAGAACAGGGGGUUUCGAUGUCCUCUCCACAGCUGCCUAAGUUGUCAUGUUAGUAACCCCUCACAUCCACGAAUUUCAAAAGGAAAGAUGAUGCGCUGUGUUCGCUGUCCUGUCGCAUACCACGCCGGAGACGUUUGCAUCGCUGCGGGAUGUGCAGUCAUCGCUUCCAACAGCAUUGUUUGUACGAAUCAUUUCACUGCCAUGAAAGGCAAAAGUCAUCAUGCGCAUGUCAAUGUGAGCUGGUGCUUUGUGUGUUCAAAAGGAGGAAGCUUGUUGUGCUGCGAGUCGUGUCCUGCAGCGUUUCACCCAGACUGCUUAAACAUUGAAAUGCCAGAUGGGAGCUGGUACUGCAAUGACUGCAGGGCGGGGAAGAAGCUCCAUUUCCAGGAUAUUAUUUGGGUUAAACUGGGAAAUUACAGAUGGUGGCCUGCAGAAGUUUGCCAUCCGAAAAACGUUCCCCCAAAUAUCCAGAAAAUGAAGCAUGAAAUCGGAGAAUUUCCUGUGUUUUUCUUUGGUUCUAAGGAUUACUAUUGGACGCACCAAGCCCGGGUGUUCCCUUACAUGGAGGGAGACAGAGGGAGUAGAUACCAGGGGAUCAAAGGAAUUGGAAAAGUCUUCAAAAAUGCUUUGCAAGAAGCUGAAGCUCGAUUUCGAGAAAUAAAGCUACAGCGAGAAGCCAAAGAAACCCAAGAAAGUGAACGUAAGCCUCCACCAUACAAGCAUAUUAAGGUGAAUAAACCUUGUGGUAAAGUGCAGAUAUAUACUGCUGACAUUUCUGAGAUUCCCAAGUGCAACUGCAAACCCACGGAUGAAAACCCUUGUGGCUUUGAUUCCGAGUGCCUGAAUCGGAUGCUGAUGUACGAAUGCCACCCACAAGUCUGUCCAGCGGGAGAACGGUGCCAAAACCAGUGCUUUACAAAACGUCAAUACCCUGAGACAAAGAUCAUCAAAACCGAUGGGAAAGGGUGGGGUCUGGUCGCUAAGAGGGACAUUAAAAAGGGAGAGUUUGUGAAUGAGUAUGUUGGUGAGCUGAUUGAUGAAGAGGAAUGUAUGGCAAGAAUCAAAUAUGCACAUGAAAAUGACAUUACCCACUUCUAUAUGCUUACUAUUGAUAAGGACCGUAUUAUCGAUGCUGGCCCCAAAGGAAACUAUUCUCGUUUCAUGAAUCACAGCUGCCAACCAAAUUGUGAAACUCUAAAAUGGACAGUAAAUGGAGACACUCGUGUCGGCCUGUUUGCUGUGUGUGAUAUUCCUGCAGGGACAGAGCUGACUUUUAAUUACAACCUUGACUGUCUGGGCAAUGAAAAAACAGUCUGCAAAUGUGGUGCCCCAAACUGCAGUGGAUUUCUUGGGGACAGACCAAAGAAUUCUUCCACUAAUGCCUCAGAAGAAAAAGGCAAAAAGACCAAAAAGAGAACACGGAGACGCAGAACGAAAAAUGAAGGGAAGAAAGAAUCUGAAGACGAUUGUUUCCGUUGUGGUGAUGGAGGCCAGCUGGUAUUGUGCGACAGGAAAUCUUGUACUAAAGCUUAUCAUCUUUCCUGUCUUGGUUUGGUGAAACGACCUUUCGGAAAGUGGGAGUGUCCUUGGCACCACUGUGAUGUUUGUGGCAAACCUUCCGUUUCUUUCUGCCACUUCUGCCCAAAUUCUUUCUGCAAGGAACACCAAGACGGGACAGUACUAAAUUCUAUGUUGAAUGGACACUUAUGCUGCUCUGAACACGUUCUUGGGGUGGAUUCUGUUGAACCUCAGAAGACUGAGAAACCCCGCAAAAAACUGAACAAGUUGAAGCCUAAGAGAAAGCAGAGGAACAGAUGGAUGAGAGCUGAAUGCAAAUAGUCAUGGACUGCAGUUUCUACUGCCAACACUAUCUUGUAGAUAAGUUGUGAAUAUGACCAGGGAAGGACACAAUUUUACAUAUAUUCUGUAAAGGUUUCGGGGCGGGGGGGGGUGG